AUGUCCACUAAACCCCUCCCCAACCCCGAAACCGACGACCUCCUCUCCAACCCCAAAGUCAACGCCUCAUGUCUCGACUUCCUCCUCAUCGAACUGGUCCCUCUGGCCCAACGUAUCACCGACCAAUUACACGCCCGCGAACAAGCGCUCAUAGACGACUUUCGACGGAAAGGAGCACGAGCAGCGGGCACGAAACCAGGCUCGACACAGACUGCUACAGGACCGGUACCGAGUGCGUUGGACGAUGAGACGAGGGAGGCGAUGUUUUGGAGGUUGGAUGGGUUGGGAUAUCGAGUUGGGCAGGGACUGGUUGAACGAUUCUCCAUCAACAAACCCCGCCCGACCACACCCCUCGACGCGAUCAAGUUCAUCUGCAAAGACCUCUGGCUCCUCAUCUUCCGCAAACAAAUCGACAACCUGAAGACCAACCAUCGAGGAGUCUUCGUGCUGACGGAUAAUCGGUUUCAGCCGCUAAGUCGAAUGUCAGUGGAUCGGAGAGCGGGACCGAAAGCGGCGGAGGAUGCGUUGAGGAGGGCGCAGACGUGCGGUGUGAUGCAGUAUCUCUACUUCCCAUGCGGUAUAAUACGAGGUGCGCUGCAAGGAUUAGGAAUGGAUGUCACGAUUUCGGCGGAGACUACAGAAAUUCCGGCGGCGAUAUUUCAGAUCAAGGCCAAGAGCUCCAAAUCAUGA